ACCGCCCGCUCUCCUCCUCCUCCUUCUUCUCAUCACGUUACUCGUCUCGCAGGCUGUCCACGAUGGCUACCGCGUACUACGAGUUCUACCGAGGUUCAUCGAUCGGGAUGGCGUUAACCGACUCACUGGACGAGCUAAUCACGAGCGGAGCGAUCACCCCACAGUUGGCGAUGAAAGUAUUGCAGCAGUUCUAGACUCGAAUCCAGUCCACGGUGACUAGGUGUGACGGGUUGUAUGUCACCGUAGGGACUGGAACAUCUUAACCGUCGGCUUAGUGAUGGGUCGCUUCCGGUCUUUCCAUUUCCUGAUCCCGACUUGUGCCGGCCAGAAUUCUGACCCCCCAAUGUUUUUAUAUGAGGGAAAAGUAGAGCAUUGUAUCAAGCACGCUACGAGAGCCGUUUCUCAAAAUAUGAAAAUUUGCGAUCGGAAAUGGCGA